CGGCGGUCGCCCCCUCAUUUGCCAAUUUAUUCGUCCAUAAGUUAGAGAAAGAUUUCUUUCUGAACGAAGAAUUUAAGAAAUACAUAGUUUUGUAUCUUCGUUUUGUGGACGAUAUAUUGGUAAUAUGGAAGGGCGAUAUUUCUGUAUUUCAUGGAAUGGUUAACAAAGCUAAUACCAAACAUCCAUCGGUCAAAUUUACCACGGAGGUCUCAACCCAAACACUUAAUUUUCUUGAUGUUAAACUUACCCUAAAAUCUGGCAAGAUAGAGACUGAAUUAUUUAGGAAAACUACAGAACGUAAUAGCCUACUUCAUGCUUCAAGUUUUCAUAAUGCCCGUUGCAUUUCUGCAAUUCCAAAAGGUCAAUUUUUGAGGGCAAGACGCAUAUCAUCAGACGAUACCAAGUAUUGGAAGUCAGCUGAUAUGCUUAUUAAAAGGUUUCGAACUAAAGGGUACAAUUUAACCAACUUACAAAAAGUAGCCAAUGAAGUUGGCAGAAUGUCUAGAAGUGAAUUACUUAAUCAGAGAGUCAUACCCAUUAACAACAAAAACACUAAAAGGUUAACCUUUGUGAGUAAAUUCUCAUCAGCUAGUAUGCAAAUUGAACAAGUAGUUAAAAAAUUUUGGCCCAUAUUGCAACAAGAUAAGGUUUUAAAACUACAUUGCAUGGAGCUUCCUUUAUUCUGCUACACAAGGGGACAGACAUUAAAGGAUAAGCUAUGCCCAGCUGAAUUACGUACUAUAAAAAAACAAUCGUCGCUCUUUAAGGGACCACCAAAAAAAGGCACUUUUCCGUGCCUAAACUGCAUAUGCUGUGCAUCGAUUAUAAAAGGGGACAUUGUGUACCAUCCCAUUAGUGGCAAGGCGAUACAACUGAAGUCCUAUGCCACAUGUGAGAGCGUAAAUGCGAUUUAUUUGCUAAAGUGCCCGUGUGGGCUUGUUUAUAUAGGUCAAACAUCACGUGCCGUUAAAGAGCGAAUAAAAGAACAUAAAUCUAACAUACGCAAUUUCAAAGCAGGGUCUCAAUCUGACACCUCGAUCUCUAGACACUUUAGCUUUGCCAAACACAAUGUAUCUCAAUUAAAAUGGCAAGUGUUAGGGGUGAUUAGUAGACCACAGAGAGGAGGUAACGUUUCUAAAUUACUUCUGCAAGAAGAAGCAAAAUGGAUCAAAAAACUGAAUAGUCUACAUCCAGAAGGGUUAAAUGAACACUGGAACAUCAGUAGUUUCCUUUAAUGGCAAUAAUGUGUUUUAAAUAAUGCAUACAGCCUUACCUUUCUGACCUUUCUCCUUUUAUAGAUAAAAUGGAUACUUUUACAUAUAUAUGAAUGUGAAAUUCUACUUAAGGAUUCUACAUUCACCAAUGGAUGGGGACUUGCACAUUGGUUUCAAAAAAGUUUUUAAAAAGACUUGUUUUUACAUUUUGUACCGCUGUGAGUGAGGUGUAGUUGCACACUGGUUAUGUGAAUGGUUAGAAUCACUGGGUAGUAUCACCAGUUGCAAUUUCUGUUAAUGAGGGGUGGAGCUCCAUGUUUAAAUUGUGGUAGUUGGGUUCUCUCAUGUUACACUUGAAAAAGAGCUAUGCUCGAAACAUGUCGUGUGAAAUAAAGCACUGAAGUUUGCAGCAACCCACUGCGUUUGAACAGUUCUUCACAUCUUGUUUAUCCUGAAGAAAUUAGGGCCAUGGCAGUAAA